CCCGCGAGCCCGAACGCUUCUUCAGGCCACCGGCGCGGCUCCCAGGCGUUACUCUGCGCUCCCUCUCGGCGGCCGGCGGCGGCGGCGGGCGGGCGCCGGGACUCCCGAGGGCCAGGGCUGCGCGAGGCCGGAGAGGCCGAGCUCAGGCUGCGGGCGCAGGGGCCCUCGCUGCUUCAGACGCCUACUGACUGCGCUCCCCCACACAAAUCGCCGGGCUCCAGGCUCUGAGGCGCCGGUGGGACUCCGCGAGAGCCAGCCGGUGGGGCUGAAACUUGGGGCCGAAGAAGGGCGCGGGGCGUGGAGGAGGAGGCGGCGGGGAGUCGAGCCUCGAGGCGAGGAGGCGGAGCAGCACCUCCGAGGCGGCGGCGGAGACGGCGGCGGCGCCGGCCCGGGCCUGGUGGGGGCCGGACUUGGUGCGGGGGGCGUGCGCGUCACUGUGCACUGGGGAGGGUGGGUCGAGUGACUUGGGCAAACUUUGAAGGGGUGCCGGAGACGCUUGUUGCUCCUCGUCGUAGAGAAAGAAGCCGCACCGUUACGUCUCAGCAGAGAAGGCCGGGCCGCCCCCUCCUGCUCCGCGCCCCCCCGCCCAAACCGACGAGUUUGGGGGACCCCCGGCGUCGCGCGACUGCCGGGCGGAGGCGGCUGCGGCGUCCCCGCGGCUGGCGGGCCUCGCCCCCGCGACGCAGGCACCCCAGCGGCAGCGCCCUCGGCUCCGCGCCGCCCACGGCCCGGCCCCGGCGCCUGGAGGACUCUCAUGCGCCGGGCGCGGCGGCGCCUCUCCGCAGCCAAACCUCUCCCAGCCGCCUCGUCUCACUCCCUAGGCUGAGAGCGUUGCUGCACUCGGGGCCGGCGAUGCGGGGCUCCGGCGCGGCCGUGUCACGUUCGUCCCCUGGCCUAUGCGCCCUGCUUCUGGCGCUGCUGGGCGCUUUGCCCGCGGGCGCCGGGGCGCAGCCCUACCACGGCGAGAAGGGCAUCUCGGUGCCGGACCACGGUUUCUGCCAGCCCAUCUCCAUCCCGCUGUGCACGGACAUCGCCUACAACCAGACCAUCCUGCCCAACCUGCUGGGCCACACGAACCAAGAGGACGCGGGCCUCGAGGUGCACCAGUUCUACCCGCUGGUGAAGGUGCAAUGCUCGCCCGAGCUGCGCUUCUUUCUGUGCUCCAUGUACGCUCCCGUGUGCACCGUGCUCGACCAGGCCAUCCCGCCAUGCCGCUCUCUGUGCGAGCGUGCUCGCCAGGGCUGCGAGGCGCUCAUGAACAAGUUCGGCUUCCAGUGGCCCGAGCGGCUGCGCUGCGAGAACUUCCCGGUGCACGGCGCCGGCGAGAUCUGCGUGGGCCAGAACACGUCGGACGGCUCCGGGGGCCCGGGCGGCGGCCCCACCGCCUAUCCUACCGCACCCUACCUGCCAGACCUGCCCUUAACCGCGCUGCCCCCAGGGGCUGCGGACGGCAGGGGCCGCUCCUCCUUCCCUUUCUCGUGCCCCCGCCAGCUCAAGGUGCCGCCCUACCUGGGCUACCGCUUCCUGGGUGAGCGCGACUGUGGCGCCCCGUGCGAGCCGGGCCGUGCCAACGGCCUCAUGUACUUCAAGGAGGAGGAGAGGCGCUUCGCCCGCCUUUGGGUGGGCGUGUGGUCCGUUCUAUGCUGCGCCUCAACGCUCUUCACCGUGCUCACCUACCUAGUGGACAUGCGGCGCUUCAGCUACCCAGAGCGGCCCAUUAUCUUCCUGUCGGGCUGCUACUUCAUGGUGGCCGUGGCGCACGUGGCGGGCUUCUUGCUGGAGGACCGCGCCGUGUGCGUGGAGCGCUUCUCGGACGAUGGCUACCGCACGGUGGCGCAGGGCACCAAGAAGGAGGGCUGCACCAUCCUCUUCAUGGUGCUCUACUUCUUCGGCAUGGCCAGCUCCAUCUGGUGGGUCAUCCUGUCCCUCACCUGGUUCCUAGCGGCCGGCAUGAAGUGGGGCCACGAGGCCAUCGAGGCCAACUCGCAGUACUUCCACUUGGCCGCGUGGGCCGUGCCUGCCAUCAAGACCAUCACCAUCCUGGCCAUGGGACAGGUGGACGGGGACCUGCUCAGCGGGGUGUGCUACGUGGGCCUGUCGAGCGUGGACGCACUGCGGGGUUUUGUGCUGGCGCCGCUCUUCGUCUACCUGUUCAUUGGCACGUCCUUCCUGCUGGCGGGCUUCGUGUCGCUCUUCCGCAUCCGCACCAUCAUGAAGCACGACGGCACCAAGACCGAGAAGCUGGAGAAGCUCAUGGUGCGCAUCGGCGUGUUCAGCGUGCUCUACACCGUGCCCGCCACCAUCGUGCUCGCUUGCUACUUCUAUGAGCAGGCCUUCCGCGAGCACUGGGAGCGCACCUGGCUCCUGCAGACGUGCAAGAGCUACGCCGUGCCCUGCCCGCCCGGCCACUUCCCGCCCAUGAGCCCCGACUUCACGGUCUUCAUGAUCAAGUACCUGAUGACCAUGAUCGUAGGAAUCACCACCGGCUUCUGGAUCUGGUCGGGCAAAACCCUGCAGUCGUGGCGCCGCUUCUACCACAGACUCAGCCACAGCAGCAAGGGGGAGACUGCGGUAUGAGCCCCGGCCCCUCCCCCACCCGCCUCCCCCCGGAGGGGGAGGGAGACUGCUGCUGGGGGCUUGAUUGGGUCACCCCUCGCCCCUAAACCCCCAGCCCAGAGAAGUGACCUGGGUGGGAGUUAUUUACAGAUUUUGGGGAAGGGAGUUUGGAGGGGUUGGGGUUAGGAGUAGGAGUUGGAAGGGAGACCUUGGUGGAAAGUGGUUUGGACAAAACAAAAAAAAAAACUUGUGGCCAAGACUGAGGACGAGGAUGAUGAUGGCGAUGAGGCCUAUGAUGCUGUGAAUUGUGAACGGUAUGGCCGGCCUGGGCCGCAGCAGACUGAGACCAGUAGAGACUGUUGUGGGGUUCCCGGCUGCGGACCCAGCGGGGCCCAGGGCCGUCCCCCGCUGCAAGGCAAGUGGCCUGUCCUCACUGCGGUGAGGCCUCGGGGAGAGGCACAGCCCCGGCCCUGGCCGGCUGCUUUGUUGGGAAGAGGGAGGGCCUCCUGCCGCGUUCUUGUCAGGCGGUGGUCAAACCAUAAUCUCUUUUCACUGGGGCCAAACUGGAGCCCAGAUGGGUUAAUUUCCAGGGUCAGGCAUUACCCUCUGUCCCUCCCCGCCCCCUCCCGCCUGUCUGUGCUCCCCGACUCCUUUCAAGUCUUGUAAACCGAGAAUGUGGAAGUGCUGGGAGGCCUGCCUGGCGGAAUCCUAAUGUGAAGAUGCUAAGGAAAUGACAAGGAGGUCUCAUGACGAGGCCGGGGGGAACGGAGUGCUGGGGACGUUCUGCUACUUUGUCAUCUUUUGGGGAAAGGCAGGAGGCUGAAAAGAGGGUGUUUUAUUUCCUUUAGGACCCUGAAAAGAUGUGGUGACUUGUUGCUUUUCAAAACAGGAAUGCAUUUCUCCCCCCAACCCCCACUCCUGUCUUUGUUGUAAGAGACAAAAGAGGAAACCAAAGUGUCUCCCUGUGGAAAGGCGUAACUGUGAAGACCGCAACUUUUACAGGCAAAGCAGCGCAAACCUGAGGUUUCCCUUUGGUUGUUAAUUUGGUUGAGAUAAACAUUCCUUUUUAAGGAAAAGUGAAGGACGGUGUGCGUCCACACCCGGUUCAGCCAGAGGUUCUGACUUGGCUGAAGGAAACCUAAGGACGUUUUAUUGUUUGUUUUAAGUCAGUUUAAUUCAGAACACAUGAUCCAACAAGCUCUGCUCACAUGUUCAGGGAAAUCUGCCCCUUCAUUUCUUCCUGCUAUAAGCCUACGUGUAGGUUUUCUCAUUUUCCCCCCCUUUCUGAUUUGGAUCCUUCAAGAUAAAAGGAA